AUGGGUAUGACAGGGAAAAAACACGUUGAGAUGAUGUUCCUCAAUUAUAUAAUAGUACUAAAAGGUGCAUGUAUUGUUAAAUCAAUUAUUGGAGCUGUUGGAUUUGAUGUUGUAAAGGAAAGGUUGAUGAAAAUUUGGGAAAGUGAAGACUGCAUUAAAAAGUCAGAGAUAAACUCAAAGAACCAUUGUGGUGGUCGUGAAGUAGCUACUGGGACACACACAUGUGGCUCUAUCACAGUUGGAAAGCACCGGAAGAAACUUAAAAAGUAUGAAGAAAUUAUACGGAAAAAAAGACAGUGUGAAUUUAAAAUUGAUCAAUUGGAAUCAUAUUAUGAAGUUGCGGGAGGAGUAAAGAUAAAGAGAUUAUUUGGUCUUGGAUCUAAAGUUGAAAGUUACUUUGAAAAAAAUCUUUGUGCCUGUAAUGCCUCCACAUCAGUACCACCUUCAGUUUUUUCGAUACUGACAACAAAUUUGGAGGAGUUUGUAAAGCAAUUGAUUCCAGCACUUACUACUCACUUUCUUCCAGUAGUUAUUGAGUGUAUUGGUGGUAUUAGGGAUCAAGAAGGUGUUGUUCUUGAUCCUCCUCCCACUAAUGAUGAUGACGUUGAUUCGUAG